GUGUCUCACAGCCUGCAAAAUGGGCAGCACAGGGCAGGGCGGUGCUGACAUUGUUGAGAUUGAAAUGCUACGACAGCCUCAUACCGCGCCAUCUUGUUUCCUCGUGACCGUCUACACAUUCUUUUCCACCCUGCGAUGAUUAUGGCAAAGGUCACGCUCUCGUCACAGUCAUAAGUCGAAUGACGUUACACUUUCUCUAAGCUGCAUUGAAUGCUGCCGCACUACCAUCACACUUCGAUGUCCAUAUGGAUUGAUGACUGAGAACAAGGCACGGCGUCCACCUGUGGCGCCCAAGCCGUCAUUCAUUCAGCAUGAUGCCUCUACCUUGAAGAUCUCUCCUGCACCUUCACCGGCGGUACGCGGCGCAUCACGGGCAUUCGUCCCCGGUUCGGUCAAAGCACCAAGCCCCAGCUCACAUAAUCCGACUGCAGGAGCCCUCCUAGCCGCAACCCUUGCAGCGAGCAAGAAGCAACAGCAGCCACAGCAGUCACAGCAUGAUGGAGAACAGAACACCCGGCUCAAUGGCCCUGCAAAACAGGAACUACUCUCAAGCCCUCGUGGUCGCCCGCCUACAGCCGCCAAAAUUCCUGUCGCGGCAGCGAACCCUUCCUCAGGCCAUCCUACUCAGUCCCAGCCUCAGCCGCAUAUCCCUCGCUCUACCUCCGCAGUUGCAGCAGUUGCAGCGUCUGCCACAGCGUCCGCGAGAAGAAGUCCUGGUCGCAGGCCCCAGAUCACGAGAAAUCCGACAAGCCAGUACCUGAAGACGCCGGAAACAUCGCAAGAAACAAGAGGACGAUCGAGCAGCAUAAGUAGCAACAGUGAUACCUUUUAUUCUCUGUCCAGAAGUCCGGACGCACUUGCAGGAGCGGUUGCUUCGAUGACCCCUGCUCCUGUCCAGAUUCAAGAUGCGGCUGAGGAUACACCAAGACAGGAUCUGGGGUCAGUCCCGCGCUUGUCCCUACGAUCCUCACAGACCUCACUUUCCUCAAGUCCUUCUCCUUCGGCCGGCACAAUAGCUGCUGUCACGGCUACUAGAAAUGCUGCAAUUGCGGAGGCGACGAAGCGAGCUCAAUCGGAGUCGGAUGAAGUGGCUCUAAAUGGUCGGGGCCCUUUUGACAUGGAACACUCCGCUCGCCAGAUCCUUGGAUCGACCUGGCCACGGGUUCGGGUCACUCCACCGCAGACUGACUCUGAGAGUGAAACUUUCCGAGCGCGGCGGGAACCAUCUCGCAAACCUCUCCCAGCUCCAGCUCCCCUACGACCUAGCAGAGCAGCUAUUGUCGCUCAAGAACACGCAGCCUCUGCAAGCCAGGACGCUCCGAUCCUUGAUGUCCGCACAAGAUUGUCAGCUAGCUCCCUGGCGGAUGCCAUGGUCGCGUCUUCCAUAGCAGCACAACAUACUGGUUCCCAUGUGGGGUCACGAUCCCGUGUGGCAUCACGAUCGAGGGGAUCUCCUCCGCCUAUACCCCGGCGGCGGUCAAGAUCUGUUGGUGUUUUUGAAGCCCCAGCGCAUAAACUACAUUUUCCAGGUCUGAGGAGCGAGACGCCACCACCUCCUCCAGAACUCAAGCCUCUACGUGUCCGGCCACUGAGGCACACAAUGCGAAAUCACUCUCAGGAAGAAGAGGAGGAGCACGACAAGCGCAAAAAGGGUCAUUGGACGCGGCACCCCAACAAGCACCACGAAGGAGACCGCAAGCGGUGGCGAGACAAAGUCACAGAACGAGAAAGGAAGAGGUAUGAAGGCGUCUGGGCUGCGAAUAAGGGCAUUCUUCUUGACCUUGACCCUGAAGCGUCUAUAUCUGGAUACAACAAGGAUGGGACGCCCGUCAGCGAUUUUGUUGCCAAUGUCGUUGUGCGGGAUAUAUGGGAAAGAAGUCGGCUACCAGGGGACGUGCUCGAAGAAGUCUGGGAUCUUGUUGCGCGCCCUGGAGCAAAGGCACUCAAUCGGGAGGAGUUUGUGACUGGCUUGUGGCUGAUCGAUCAGCGACUGAAAGGACGGAAGUUGCCUGUAAAGGUUUCACCAAGUGUUUGGGCCAGUGUUCGGCAUCCGGCUGGCGUUAAGAUUUCGAGCAAGGCUUUACAAAAAUAGACCUCUGUGUGCAAGAGGAUAUACCCUAAUUCAAUAUGUUUGUCCUUUGCAUACUAGCGCCCGUCUGGAGGUCUCCCACACCACAUGGAGGCCUGGUUAGGUCACCGAAGGACGAAUCCAUUGUUCAAACAUCUUCAGCCUUGCUGUUGCUCGAUAGUGGAGGAGCCAGGACUGACAGGCCAUGGAUGGAAACCUGCAACAUAUACCUGCCUCGUUUAAUAGGUCUCGCCCCAUGCUAUCUUCCACGGAUACGACGGGGGAAGGCCUUUUCGGGCAUAUCAGGACUCAGGAUAUGCACGCACAGCUCGGACCGCCGGUCUGGUU